AGGAGAGAAAAUCUGUCAUUCUUACCUAAUCAGGCCUACAUAUGACUUUAGAUGUGCAGUUAAGUGGUUAACUCUCACUUACCCUCUGGCCAAUUAGGGAUGGGCAAUAAAUACUGGCCUUGCUAGUGACAUCUACAUCCUUUGAAUGAAUUUUGAAAAAUAUAUUACCAAGCCAACUUAAAAACCCAGUAACAUCAGCCUGACGUCAACAGUGCUGUCUUCUGUGGUUCAGAGAGUUGCUAGUUCAACCUCACACCAAGAUUUGAGAGUGUAACCAAGACUUUCACCUGCUAGAUACUUGGUACCAAGUGGCCGGGCUCUCUCCAUUUCGGAGUUUGACAGCAACCAGAGACUGAGUUUGGCUGUGUUAACACAAUGAAUGGACCUCCUCCCAGCUCGCGUGGCCAGUUGAGUCCCUUCUACCACAUGUCUCAGAGAAUGCAAGAUGUGACCGGUGAUGGGGGUGUACUGAAGGAGAUCCUUCGACCUGGCUCAGGCAGUGUUAUCCCACCCACUGCCUCAGUGUCUGUUCACUAUAGUGCCUACAGUGAAUAUACGGACAAACCCUUCGAUUCUAAUCUGCAGAAGGAGGUGCCAAGGUUCAUGAAGCUUGGUCGAGACAUCACUCUGCUGGGUAUGGAGCUGGCAAUCCAGACCAUGAGGAAGGGCGAGUUUGCCAGAUUUCUGUUCAAGCCGCAGUACGCCUAUGGCCAGAUGGGCUGUCCCCCGCGAAUCCCUGCAAACGCCACGGUCAUGUUCGAGUUGGAGAUCCUGCAUGUUGUGGACACCUUGGAGUCUGAUGAAUACUUCAUGCUGUCACAGUUUCAAGCAAGGCUGCAGAGCUCUGCAAAGUGCUCCGGGUUUCCAGAACUCCCCAAUGAUGCCACUGCCCCAGGAAAUGCCAGCUCCGAUGUCACCGCCACCUUGCCACCACUGCCAAGUGUCCGGGUUCUGGGCACCGUCACAGCCAGGAGUUCCCCCUCUCGGCUGCGCUGCCACCAAGAGUCGGGGCCCCUCUCCCUGGGCGACCAGGCUCCAGGCCUACUGCUGCUGUUGCCAAGAAUCUUGAUGAAGAAGAAAGGAGGAAGAGGAGGAAAAAAGGAAAAGUACAUUGAGAAAACGAUGCCACCGGCCUGGAGUGCACAGGCUCCAGUGAGCGCGGACACCACCUACCACCAACACCUUGGGAAAGGAUCCAGCGUCUGA